CUGUAGCCCCGAACUGCUAGCCGUGGAUUGGCUGCGCUUAGCGGCGGCGCCGAGCGACUGCAAAGCGCUGUGCAGUGGAGCCAACAUGGCGUCUGCUGAGGCGUCUGUGUGCGAUGGUGAGCUGUGGCAGACCUGGCUUCCCAACCACGCGGUUUUCUCUCGGCUCCGGGAGGGAUUAAAAAAUCAGAGUCCAGUGGAAGCCGAGAAAUCCACUUCGGCGGUGCCGGUAUCGCCGCAGCUCCCGCCCCAGCUGCUGACGAGAAACCUGACGUUCGGCCUGGGCGGAGAGCUCUUCCUGUGGGACGCGGAGAGCAGCGCCUUCCUGGUGGUCCGCCUUCGGGGACUCGGCGGCGGCGGCGAGGAGCCUCACCUCUCCCAGUACCAGAGAUUGCUUUGCAUAAAUCCUCCCCUGUUUGAAAUUUAUCAAGUCUUAUUAAGUCCAACACACCAUCACGUAGCACUUAUAGGAAUAAAAGGACUUAUGGUAUUAGAAUUUCCCAAAAGAUGGGGGAAGAAUUCUGAAUUUGAAGGUGGAAAAGCAACAGUAAACUGUAGUACUACUCCAGUUGCUGAGAGAUUCUUCACCAGUUCCCCCUCUCUGACUCUUAAGCAUGCUGCCUGGUAUCCAAGUGAAAUGUUAGAUCCUCACAUAGUACUUUUAACAUCAGAUAAUGUAAUAAGAAUUUACUCUCUACGUGAGCCCCAGAUUCCCACUAAAGUGAUUGUACUCUCAGAAGCAGAAGAAGAAAGUUUAAUACUCAACAAAGGGAGGACAUACACUGCGUCUCUCGGAGAAACAGCAGUUGCAUUUGACUUUGGACCAUUGGCAGCUGUCCCAAAGCAUAUAUUUGGACAGAAAGGCAAAGACGAAGUAGUAGCAUAUCCUCUGUACAUCUUAUACGAGAACGGGGAGACGUUCCUCACACAUGUUAGUCUGUUACACAGCCCUGGAAAUAUUGGAAAGUUAUUGGGUCCAUUGCCAAUGCAUCCUGCAGCUGAAGAUAACUACGGUUAUGAUGCUUGUGCUAUACUCUGCUUACCUUGUGUCCCCAACAUAUUAGUGAUUGCAACUGAAUCAGGAAUGCUGUAUCACUGUGUGGUGCUAGAGGGGGAGGAAGAAGACGACCAAACAUCAGAAAAGUCCUGGGAUUACAGAGCCGACCUCAUUCCAUCUCUGUAUGUCUUCGAAUGUGUUGAGCUGGAGCUUGCCUUGAAGCUGGCAUCUGGGGAGGAUGAGCCCUAUGAGUCUGACUUUUCUUGUCCAAUAAAACUUCACAGAGACCCCAAGUGUCCUUCACGAUACCACUGCACUCAUGAGGCUGGCGUCCACAGUGUGGGGCUAACUUGGAUUCACAAACUUCACAAGUUCCUUGGAUCAGAUGAAGAAGAUAAGGAUAGUUUGCAAGAACUUGCUACAGAACAGAAAUGCUUUGUAGAGCACAUCCUUUGUACAAAGCCAUUGCCAUGCAGGCAACCAGCUCCCAUCCGAGGAUUCUGGAUUGUCCCAGACAUACUGGGGCCCACGAUGAUCUGUAUCACCAGCAGCUACGAAUGCCUCAUCCGUCCUCUCUUAAGUACAGUCCACCCAGCCUCUCCGCCUCUGCUUUGUACCCAAGAAGAUGCUGAAGUGGCCGAGUCUCCCCUCCGUAUUCUGGCUGAAACACCAGAUUCCUUUGAAAAGCAUAUUAGAAGCAUUUUACAGCGUAGUGCUGCCAACCCAGCAUUUCUGAAAUCUUCUGAAAAGGACUUGGCUCCUCCUCUUGAAGAAUGUCUUCAGCUCAUCAGCAGAGCCACCCAGGUGUUCAGAGAACAGUACAUUCUUAAGCAAGACCUGGCAAAGGAGGAGAUUCAGCGGAGAGUCAAGUUAUUAUGUGACCAAAAAAAGAAGCAACUAGAAGAUCUCAAUUAUUGUCGAGAAGAGAGGAAAAGUCUUCGGGAAAUGGCUGAGCGUUUAGCUGACAAAUAUGAGGAAGCCAAGGAAAAACAGGAAGAUAUUAUGAACAGGAUGAAAAAGGUACUUCAUAGUUUCCACUCUCAACUCCCAGUUCUUUCUGAUAGUGAGAGAGACAUGAAGAAAGAAUUACAGCUUAUACCUGAUCAACUUCGACAUCUAGGCAAUGCCAUUAAACAGGUUACUAUGAAAAAAGACUAUCAACAACGAAAGAUGGAAAAGGUCUUGAGUCCCCAAAAACCCACAAUUACUCUCAGUGCCUACCAGCGGAAGUGCAUUCAAUCCAUUCUGAAGGAGGAGGGUGAACACAUAAGGGAAAUGGUGAAGCAAAUCAAUGAUAUUCGAAAUCAUGUAAACUUCUGACAUCCCCAGGAAGAGUCACACCUGAUGUUAACACAACUGAAGGCUCUAAAGAGGUAUUAUGCAACAAAAGGUAGCACUAACUUAUAAAAAGGACAUUCUGGAAGAACUUGGCUUUGGUUGUUCAUCAUUUUUAAUAAAUUUGUCUGAAUAAACGCUUGUAAUUAAAAAUGGGAAUGUGUCUUCUAACCAAAGUCUAUGACUGCACUCACCAAGGGUCCCAGGGUUAUUUUUAAAAAGAAAAAGAAAAGGAAAGAGAAAGAGGGAGGGAAGGAGGAAACAAAUAGGUUUCAACUGCACUUGUCAGAUCUCAGUGACUCCAUUGUACCUUCUCCAUAUUUGAGCAAAAGAAAGGGCUGUAUUUUAAAGUAGCAGCACUAGCAAUAUGACUGAAGGGAGUCAGAACCCUUAGAUUCAAAGGAAAAGGCCACACAAUCUACUCGGCAGCAGCUCUUUUAAUUUGAACACUUUCUUAAGGGUUCACCUUCCGUACCAUCAACAAAUGGUUACAGCUGCAGUGUGCUCAGAGCAGAGCUCCAGAUCCACAACUGCAGGGCCACUGCUGGCUCACUUCCUCACAGGCACUGUUUACCUUUCAGAGCUAAGUUUGGCUGUGCUCUGUGUCUACUGAGUGCGCACACAGUGCAAGUUUUAAUACCUAAAAGGGAAAAAGAAAAUAGCUUGGUAUGUAGUAUAUGAGUGGUUUUGUCCUCAGCUUUAGGUCAUCUUUAUAUGCCUGCCAUUAUGAGCUCUGAAAGGCAAGACUGCACCUGUGGAGAAAUGGCUGCGUGACUGCCAAUUAAAAGCCAUAUGGUAAGGUGUGUUACAGGUAAGAGGUAAGUCAGUUUAGACAUGCGAGAACAGGUGUACAGACGGAAUAUAAGCACAGGAACACUUGAAGCCUAACUGAUCUUUUUGAUGAACUUUGGUGUUCAUAGUGCAGAUCCCAUUUAUG